AAACAUCCUGCUGAUUUUAAAAGGACACUGAGCGGGAGGAAGGCUACUGGCGCCAUCUUGACUGUUUUAAUGAGUACAACAGGGGUAGAAUCGCUGGGGAAAAUUACAUAAUCAUUGAUAUUUCUUUUUACAGGGGGUAAAAUCGGUGCUCUUACCCCCGGCUCAUUGAGAGUUAGCAACCAACCGGGGCAAUGUUUUACGCCCACUUCGUCCUGUCCAAACGUGGGCCGCUGGCCAAGAUCUGGCUAGCGGCGCACUGGGACAAGAAGUUGACAAAGGCUCAUGUGUUUGAAUGCAACCUGGAAAGCAGUGUGGAGAGUAUAAUUUGUCCUAAGGUGAAGAUGGCGUUGCGGACUUCCGGUCACCUUUUGCUUGGGGUGGUGAGGAUCUACAACAGGAAGGCCAAGUACCUCCUGGCUGACUGUAACGAAGCCUUCAUCAAGAUCAAGAUGGCUUUCCGGCCAGGUGUGGUCGAUCUGCCUGAGGAGAACAGGGAGGCAGCCUACAACGCUAUCACAUUGCCUGAAGAUUUCCAUGACUUUGACCAGCCUUUACCUGACCUUGAGGACAUAGACGUGGCCCAGCAGUUCACUCUGAACCAGAGCCGGGUGGAGGAGAUCACCAUGAGGGAGGAGGUGGGAAAUCUCAGCCUCAUGCAGGACAAUGACUUCGCUGACUUCGGGAUGGACGACCGGGAGAUGAUGAGGGUGGAGGGAGGUUUUGAGGAGGACAUCAUCCACGGCGUGACCGCCUCUAAUUUACUGCUGGAGGCGGAGCCCGGGCCUGCCCACCUGCCCGACAAGGCCAACCACCUGGAGUACGACGACUUCGGAGACACCAUGGAGAAUAACGACGGGGGCAUGCUGGUGGAUAAGCUGUUAUCCAAUGAGGAUGGCGGUGGGAUCUUCGACGAUCCUCCGGUCGUUGCGGAGAGUGUGAUGAUGCCUCCGGACCACGGCGACGAUGAGGAUGAUUUCGACAACCUCCAGUCACCGGGUCCGGACAGCCCGGACUCGGGCCCGGCAGAGCCUCUGCCAGCCACACAGGACCAGACCGAGCAGACCACGCUGGUCCAUAAUGAAGAGGAGGCCUUCGCCCUGGAGCCCAUCGACAUCACUGUGAAAGAGACCAAGGCCAAGAGGAAAAGGAAACUGAUUGUGGACAAUCUGAAGGAGCUGGACAGCAAGACAAUCCGCGCCCAGCUCAGCGAUUACUCUGACAUCGUCACCACGCUAGACCUGGCCCCUCCCACCAAGAAGCUGAUGAUGUGGAAAGAGACGGGCGGCGUGGAGAAGCUCUUCUCUCUUCCCGCUCAGUCACUUUGGAAUAAUCGUCUGCUCAAGAUGUUCACGCGUUGCCUGACCCCGCUGGUGCCCGACGAGAUGAGGAGGCGGCGGAAGGGAGGCGAGGCGGACAGCCUGGAUGAGUUCCUGAAAGACCUAGAGAACCCAGAGGUUCCCCGAGAGGAGGCCUUGUCGGGCAGGGACGUUAUCGACCAGACCAUCAUGGAGGAACCCAGUAUGCUGCAGGCGUCCACCGUGGAGGGCAGCAGAACCAUCCUGGAUGAGUCGGUCAUGCCACCUCCAUCCACGCCACACGGGGUCAAACGCAAGGCCCACGACAAGGAGGCUGCAUUGCCUAUGGGCACUCUGGAGCCCCCGGCAGACCAGUCAGUCCUCUCCAUGGCACAAGUGGAGAUGCCCCCGGAGGAAAGCCUCAACCUCACACAGCUGGUGCCUGAACUGGACCUCCUGGAGAAGGAAAAGAAGGACAAGGAAGACAGUGAGGAGGAGGAGGAGGAGGAGGGAGAUCCCAACCAAGAUCAAGAGGAGAAGAGGUGGAACAAGAGGACCCAGCAGAUGCUACAUGGCCUUCAGCGUGUCAUGGCUAAGACCGGAGCGGAGCAGGUCAGCUUACUGGAGCUGUGCAAGAACAACAACAAGAAGCAGGCAGCUGCUAAGUUCUACAGCUUCCUGGUUCUGAAGAAACAGCAGGCUAUUGAGCUGAACCAGGCUGAGCCUUACAGUGACAUUAUCGCUACAGCCGGACCAAGAUUCCACCUUGUUUAGACUCUAGCGGACACUCCAAAUAACCCCCUGUUCUCUGUGUAGUGCAAAGCUAUUGACCAGGGCAUUAUGAGACCCCCUAUAGACUCUUGGUCAAAAGCAGUGCACUAUAUAAGGAAAAGGGUGCCACUUGGGAUGAGCCCUUUGGUAAAGGCUUUUUUUCCCUUUAUUUACUGAGGAUUUUGUUGGUUCAUUUUUAUUUGUUAUUUUUGGCCUUUUUUUCCAGGGUCGGAAUGAUAACUUUUAAAAAGGAUUUUACUGUACCUGCCACCAACGGAAUCAUGCUGUGUUUUUUUUUUCUUUUUUUUU